UGCACCCCCACUCUAUCAAGGUGAAAGCAUGUUGCUUGUGUUUUUAUCGGUUGCACAGCGGUUGAGUUGCUGCCUUACAGUGCCAGAGACCUGGGCUCAAUCGCUGGGUUCGAUUGACUUCGGGUACUGUCUGUAUGGAGUUUGUACGUUCCUCCUGUGAACGCACAGGUUUGUGCCCGGGUGCUCCGGUUUCCUCCCACACUCUAAAAUGAACUGGUUUGUAGGUUCAUUGGCUUCAGUCAAGAUUGUAAAUUGCCCCUUGUGUGUGGGAUCAUGCUAGGAUGUGGGGAUAGCUGGUCAACACAGACUCAGUGGGCCAAACUACCUGUUUAUCUCUAAACUGAACUAAAGAUGGUUAGGUAGUAGAGAGUUCUUGCAAAAUAUAUUUUAAUUGCCUCUGAUAAUAUAGCAACAAAGAACUGAAGGGGGAUGCAAUGUAAAUACUUUUUCAUGUAGAAAAUGAUCUCACUGCCCUAAAGAGUGGUAAAAACAGACUCGACCAGGACCAUCAAUGGGAAAUAGGAUAAAUUGUUAAGGGGAAAGCAGAAUAACCGGGAAAGAGUGUGUGUAGGGAUUUAUGUACAGAGAGCUAGUCUCAAAAGUCCAGAUAGACGCUUUCUGUGCUGCGAUGGAACAUCAUUUAUAGUAUAUCCAUAUAUAUAUACAUAUAUAUAUAUAUCCAGGACAAGGGGUCACAGCUUAAGGAUAAAGGGGAAAUCCUUUAAAACCGAGAUGAGAAGAACUUUUUUCACGCAGAGAGUGGUGAAUCUCUGGAACUCUCUGCCACAGAGGGUAGUUGAGGCCAGUUCAUUGGCAAUAUUUAAGAGGGAGUUAGAUGUGGCCCUUGUGGCUAAGGGGAUCAGGGGGUAUGGAGAGAAGGCAGGUACGGGAUACUGAGUUGGAUGAUCAGCCAUGAUCAUAUUGAAUGGCGGUGCAGGCUCGAAGGGCCGAAUGGCCUACUCCUGCACCUAAUUUCUAUGUUUCUAUGUUUCUAUAGCUAGUCUAAUAUUUUAUAACUGAGUUUUAAACACAUUGCUUAUGUAUUUAUACCUAUUUUAGAAGCGUUGUCCUUGGCCUUUUAUUUUCAAAUUGUCACUGGCUGAGCUGAUGGAAAUUUUGGAACUGUCUUUCCUUAUGACAUUCUCCAUAUAGACGCAAGGCAGAUUGAAACAACAUGCUCAUUCUCAUAUCCUAAAGGUAGCAGUUCAGACAUCUUGGAAUUCAAUUAUCCCUCCCAUACUAAUUUUGCAUAAAAGUAAUAAGCCAACUACAAAUUCAACCAGAGGUCCAUAAGUUCAACAUUAGGCUUCCCUUCAAGAUUGUUACCAGGGAGACUUCAUUUAAAAACAUUUCCUGGCAACACUCUUUUAAUCAGCUGCUAAAGUUGACUGCCUGCCAUAUGUAUUCUGCACAGACUCAUUUUUAAAGGGGAAGUUACCAAAGUCACAUUCGCCAAAAAUGCUUUUUUUGUUAAAGUUGCAGACACGUGUCACAGAAAAUUAGUAUUAUACCUCUGUGUGUUUUCCAAAAUGAACUCCAAGAAUACGCUGAAGAAAAGCCCAAAGCUGGUUGUGAUCGGAGCUGGGAUAGCUGGAGUGGGAGCAGCUGGAAAACUACUAACGCAUGGAUUCACUGACAUUCAGAUUGUUGAGGCUUCAAGCCAACCUGGAGGGCGGAUCAAAAGCAGUCUGUUCGGUAAGUCAACCGUUGAUGAAGGAGCCCAGUACAUUCAUGGAGCAAGUGUGAAGAAUCCUAUUUUUCAACUGGCCAAAGAACAUGGCCUUUUACAGGAAACGCAGGAUCGGUCUGACCCAGAAUUGUCAGUGCUUACCAACAUGCAGAAGCAGAUGGAUCCCGAUGUCACGAAAGAAGUGAAGAAUCUAUCCAGCAGCAUACUGAGACGUGCUCAUCUGAUUGCUCAACAAAAGCAAUACACACAAGCUAACAGCCUGGCUGAUGUCUACUUAGAGGAAGUGAAAAUGUUAGUCGCACAGUGGGAUGGUGACCACACUGACCUGAGAAGACAGAAGCUGGGUUUGUUGAGCAUGUUAAUGAAAUGGCAGUGUGUUCAUCAUGCAGCAGGCAGUCUGAGUGAAGUGUCUGUACAUGAAUAUGAAGAAUAUAACACCAUUGAAGACCAUGACAGAAAUUCUCAAGGAAUGCUCUAUUGUUCCAGGUUAUUCCCCAACUUGCUUGAGAAAUUGCUGGAGGUUAUUCCGAGAGAGAAGCUGUUGCUGAAGAAGCCUGUUCAGCAAAUCCUGUGGAAUGGAAGCUUUGAGUCAGAGGACAGAUCACUAUAUCCUGUCAAGGUGUUGUGUGAAGAUGGAGGCCACAUUCUAGCUGAUCAUGUCAUCCUUAGUAUUUCACUAGGUUGUCUGAAGGCUAAUGGUCAAUCAUUGUUCCAGCCAAGACUUCCUGAGCAAAAAUUAAAUGCAAUUCAAAGCAUGGGCUUUGGAACGAUGAACAAGAUUUACCUGGAAUUCGAGGCCCCAUUUUGGGAUGAAAAUACAGAUGUAAUUGGAUUGGUUUGGGAGGAGGAAACCCCAUUGUCUCGUCAGGAACCCAAUCUGGCUGAGUGGUGGAAAAGUGCCCCUGUUUUCUAUGUGUUCAAACCAACAGAAAGAUAUGGGCAUCUUCUUGUGGGAACAAUCUCUGGGAAAGAGGCAGAAUUUAUAGAAUCGCUGAGUCUGCAAGAAGUGGCUUCAAGUUUGACCUGUCUUUUCAGACAAUUUACAGGGAGAUCAUCGCUGCCUGAAUUAAAGAAUGUUUUUGUAACAAAAUGGUUCAGUAACCCUUAUACCCGGGGCUCCUACUCCCAUAUAUCGAUCAAUUCAACUGGUGAUAUGAUAGACCUACUGACUGAACCUUUACCACAUGCAACAGAAGGAAGUGGUUCUCCGAUGUUGCAGCUGUUAUUUGCUGGUGAAGCCACACAUAGGAGCUACCACAGCACCACGCACGGAGCCCUGCUCUCUGGCUGGAGGGAGGCAGAACGAUUAAUUGAUCUUUACUCCACCAAAUGAAUCUCCAGAAUCAAAGAUCCAAAACUUCAAAUACUGUGAUUUAUUUUCCUUUUCUUUGAUUUGCUGCAUUAAAUAUUAAUCAUGUUUUAUCAAAUAAAAAUCCUCAACGGUGAAAGAGACUAUUUCAAGGACAAAAAU